AUGGUAAAACGAAAAGAUGAGCUCGAAGUUCAACUCAAGGAUGAACAUCAAUUGAUUAAAGAGGGUCUAUUGAGAGAUGAAAGUCCUCUUGAUACCAGUCCCGCAUUUCAAGAGCUUUGCAUGGCAUGUCGAAUUGGAGAUGUGGUGAGUUUUCAGAAAUCAAUUAGUACUCCCGGAAUCAAUAUCAAUGCUAGAGAUCCAUUUGAUUAUACUCCUUUGAUUUUGGCAAGUCUUUGCGGACACUAUACUAUUGUUGAGUUGCUUCUCGAAGCCGGAGCUCUUUGUGAGCGAGAUACAUUUCAAGGGGAGAGAUGUUUAUACAAUGCCUUGAAUAAUAGGAUUCGAAACCUUUUAUUAAAGUACGAUUAUUCGAAAUCAACAGAUCCAUUACAACCAUUCGCUUCUCAUAUCACCUCUCUCCUCACCAGGCAGACUCCUAAAACCUCAGACAUUACACUCACUACCGGGUCUCAAUCGUGGGAUUUACACAAGAUGAUACUCUCGGCCCGGUCACCAUAUUUUCAAAGAAAGCUUUCUGCGGCCCCAGAAACCACGUUAUGGAAAUUGACAGCUUCGAUACCACCAGAAUCUUUUCAAGUUGCUUUUCGGUAUUUAUACAUGGGUGAAGUACCAUCGGACCUCGGUCUCAAAUCCAACGCUUCUGUGGAUGAUGUGUUGAUAGGGAUCAAUAAAAUCAGCAAACAAUUAGAGAUAGAAUCAUUGUGGGAAGGCCUUCUAAGUGGGCGUGAUAGGAGAAUAGCUCGGCAACGGCAUCAAGAUGAAACCUCAAGAGCAAGGGACCAGAUGGAGUCUUGGUAUCGAGGGAAUGUUUUGAAGCAUAGAAUACAUAUCGAUACCGUGAAAGCUAAGGAUGUGAAGUGGACUAGGAAUAAUGCUAUCUUUGCGGAUGUUUUGUUACAAGCAGACGAAGAUCUGACAUCCGAGGAAGUCUCGAGCUCUGGACAGGAAACGCCAACACAUAAUGCAAGUCCCUCUUUAAAUAGUAUUCCUGUGGGCCCCUCAAGCUCAUCUCAAACCGCAUCAACCAAUCCACCUCGAAAAUCAAUACUUUAUCCGGCUCAUCGAGCCAUGCUUAUACGAUCUGAAUACUUCCAGACCAUGUUUAAUUCAUCGUUCCAAGAAGCUCAAACAACCGAAUAUUUGCAGACCAUCUAUGUUGAUUGCUCCCCUGCUGUCCUGGAGCUCAUUCUCGAUUUUCUCUAUACCGAAAACGUUGACAUCCCUCUUGAUAUCGCGAUAGAUGUUCUUCUCGCAGCUGAUAUGCUCUUUAUCGAGAAACUCAAAACUAAAGCUGCGGUAAUCAUCAGUACUCUUGGAAAUGGUUCGAGUACACUAGCAGAUCGUACACACAUUGAGAAUGAUGAACCAGAUGUGGAGUUGAUAAACCCCUACGAUGUUAUGAGAGCUGGAUGGUUGACGAGAGUCCAACGACUAGAAGAAUUCUGCGCUAGAUAUUUGGCGUACAGGUUGGAAGAUUAUAUUGACGAGCCAGAGUUUGAGGAGUUGAUCAACGAGAGUGCGGCCAGGAUCGAAAAGAGACAAGAAACUGAUACUAUUGAGUUACUAGAUGAUAUUCGCUUCUAUCUCUCCGAACGAUUCCGACUCCGAUUCGAAGACCCAGGCUUGGAAGAAAUGAUGGAUGAAAAGGAGGAAAACACUGUCGAUACUUCCACGGAAGAUAUGAAGCCCAGUGAAGCGGCUGACAUGAAGCAAACUCAAGCUCCCGCCCUUGAUCCACCGAUGAGUGGUCAGAUUAGAACUCUCAAUGGCGAAAUUGCAGGCGAUGAGUUUGCGGCUGAUGCUAUAAACUACCAGACGUUACUUGGAAAGAUAGAUACUUUGUUGGAAAGAUUGAAGUUGGAUGCUUAG